AUGUCUUCAGAACAAGACUCCUCGGAGGCUCUUUCAACCGCGGAUGCUCCCGGAUUACCCCCAACUGUGAUACCAUCGCUCAAUUCGCUUCACACCAAGACAUUUUACUCUCCUAUUCCAUCCUCCGUUCUGCAAUCGGAUUCCCCAGUCAUUCUCGGUGUGGAUGAAGCCGGACGUGGCCCCGUGAUGGGGCCCAUGGUCUAUGGUAUCAGCUACUGCACAUUACAGUACCAAGAUGAGGUACUGAAAAGAAAAUACGGAUUUGAUGACUCCAAGAAGUUAACCGAUGGUGUGAGACGUGACUUGUUUAAGCGAAUUUACACAGGCGAAAUAGAUCAAGUAGGCUACGCGACAACGUCUAUUACCCCCUGCGAUAUUUCAAGCGGUAUGCUACGGUAUCCUCCUGAAAAGAAUUAUAAUCUCAACGAACAAGCUCACGACGUGACCAUGGCACUUAUUCGCGGAGUGCUAGACCGCAAUGUUAAUCUCGAACACGUAUACGUGGAUACGGUGGGCCCUCCUGCGACGUACCAGCGGAAGUUAGAACUACAAUUUCCUAAUGUCAAAUUCACCGUUGCCAAAAAGGCUGAUUCGCUCUAUUGCGUGGUUAGUGUGGCCAGUGUCGUUGCCAAAGUCACCCGUGAUGUCCUCAUAGACCACCUGAAGACCCGUCCCGACGAGAUAUUGGGUUCUGGAUAUCCGUCGGAUAGUAAAACCACUACAUGGUUACGAAACAAUAUGACACCGCUGUUCGGCUGGCCUGCUCACGCCGUUAGGUUUUCCUGGCAAACAUGUCAAACAUUGCUUGACAAAAAUAAUGACACUGUGCCACUGGAAUGGGAAGAAUCUUUCAUCUCCAAAAAACACCAACCAGCUUCGACGUUGUUCUUACCCACUCAAAAGCUCGUCACCCUGGACAACUGGUAUUCUACUGAUUAG